AGAGAGAGACAGAAGCGGCGCCUAAACCCCACUCCGACUCCGCCCCCGACUCCUCCGGGAAGAGGAAAAAAGCCCGCAUUUUUUGUCGCCGGAUCCCCCGUCCGCUUCCUCCUCGCCCCCCGCGCCACCUCCACGAACCAUCGCGGAGGAGGCGCCGCCGCUCGUGCAGUCGGGCCCCGGCCACGCCCCCGCAGAUCUCCGGCGAACCCCCUGAUUCGUGGCUGUGUCGCCAUGGACGGCGGGGAGACCCAGGUCGUGGACGACGGAGGGACGCCGCCGUUGGGGUCUCCAGUUAGCUCUGGCGCCACGACGCAGAGCGGGGGCGAGGAGGAUGACAACGGUCUGAGAUUAGGGUCUCCAGUUAGCUCCGGCGAUACGACGCAGAGCGGGGGCGGGGAGGAUGACAACGACGUGCUGUAUGGCGAGACGCAGCCGCUGGACGAGGACGACGAGACCGAGCCGGUUGAUGAUGAAUUUGAGGGGGAGGGGGAGGAGAGGAUGUCUGAUGACACGCAGGUGGUGGAGGACUCGGAGGAUGAUGCCGGUGGUGUCGCUAGGCAGACGCAGGCGGUAGAGGAGGAGGAAGAUGGUGGCAGCACGGAGGAUGAAGCUGGUGAUGGGGAUAAGACCCAGUUGAUUGAAGAAUGCGAGGUUGAGGAUGGUGGGAGUGGCGAGACCCAGAUGGUCGAGGAAUGUCAGGAAGAGGACAGAGUAAAUGAUAGCAGCGAUGAUGAGGCUGCUGUUGAACGAGGGACGACCCAGUUGAUCGAGGAAUGUCAGGAAGAGGAGAGGGUAAAUGAUAGCAGCGAUGAUGAGGCUGCCGAUCAACGUGGGAUGACCCAGUUGGUGGAAGACUCGGAUAAAGAGAUGGGUGAUGAUGGUGAUGACGAGUUGAGCCAGGGCACUCAAGUGCAAAGUGAUGAUGAGGGUGUGCCAUAUGUCAAGGAUUAUGCCGAGGAUUCGGUUGAUUCUGAUGCUUCCACGGAAGAAGAGGGUGGCACAGUCAAAAGUUUGAAACAAGGGAAAAGGCAUGCUUCGACCAAUGGAACAUUUCUCCGGACGGAAAUUGUACACAACUCUACCUCGUGUAAUGUGUCCUUUGGUGAUUGCCCAGGUCGUGGGAUUGAUGACGGGUCUUUUGGUUAUGUACAGAGCCAUGAAAAAGAUGGUAGUAAAAGCAAAGGCAGGUGCUCAACAGCAAAGAAGCUUUUUGCUGACCCAACGAGUGAACAGAAUGAAAUCAAGGGCAGGUGUUUUGCUGGACUAAGCUAUCUCGGGUCACAGGAGCCUGGUGAGCUAUCUCAAGCAAAUGCCUUGGACUUUGUGGAGGGGUUGAUCUCAAUUAAUGGUGGUAUAUCGUCUCAAGAACAAACGCCAAAAAAGUUAGAAAAAGCAAAGCCACCUGUUUCAAUUAAGAUGGGAACUUUACUAUUGGCCGAGAAGGUUGACCGCCUUAGAAGUUCUAGUGGAAAGGCAGAAGUCUUUGCGUGGGUGGAUAGUCGUGAGGAUGAUGGCGGAGGUGAUUUUUUCAGGAAAAACAAGGAUAUCUUGUUGCACCAAUCAGCAGGCAGAGGGAAAUCGAAAAUUCCCAGGCCAAAGAAGUGCUCAACAAAAAUUAUACCUCCUGACAAUAAAAUAAUAGAGGGAUGCAAAAAGAGAACGAAGUCCAAACUUUGUGGGAACAAUGAAACUUUACCUUCAUCGGAUUCGAGACUACUGAAAAGUGAGGUGAAGAGUAAGAGGGCUUCUGGAAAAAGGAGUAAGAAAAACCUUUUGAAAGACUUGGAUGAUCAUCUAUCAACUGCCAAACCUAUUGAAAGACAGCAGGUAAAGGCAAGUGUUGAUUUUCAUGAUGUUGGUCAGGAUACUCAAAUGGCUGUCGAAGCUAUAGAAGCACUGGCACAAAGUUCCCCUGCUGAAAACUUGUCAGCCGAAGUUGAACCUCCAGUGAAGAGAGAUCUGAGAGUUCGAUCUAAAGUUGAAAAUGGUAACCCAAAGAGUGGCCCUCCUAGAAAGAGAACCAGCAGCGUCCGGGAAGGUGUCACGACACGUUCUAAAAGAAUAAAAGUAACUGAGAUGAACCACAAGCCUCAGAAAGGACAGGAAGGAAUAGAAACGCGACAAAAUUUAGAAGAACAUGCAACAAAGACGAAACAUAAGCAGGCAAAGGCAGUACCACAGAAGAAUAAAGUUACGAAGAUAGUUGAUGGAAAUAAGUAUGACAGUACGCCUAUUGCUCAUCGAACAAGGAACACUGGUAGAAAUAACCUCUAUGAGUCUCCUGAGUUAUGUUCUAAUAAGAACUUGAAGAAGGCCACUGUUGGAGAAGUAAGAAAUAAUCAUAGUGAACAUGGACUUGAGAGACCGGUGCUUAAUGAGAGAACCGCAGAAUAUGAUUCGGAUUCUGUGUUGAAAGAAAACACAAAGAAUACAUGUGCAAAUAAUGCUCAGGGUCUUCAGCAAAGUACUGAUGCAAGCAUACAGCAUACUAGUGCAAAUGUUGCUCAGAACCUUGAACCAUUAAGAGAUGAACCAACAACUCAUGUCUUCCGCAGAGAGCCCUCAUCUCACCCCAAACAGAGAAGAACACCUACUGCAGUGGUACAGGCAAAGGCUCCUGCAGUUACCGAGGCUGCUACAGGUCAUGAUGUACAACCAGAAGUGACAAGGCCAUCCAAGAAAAGACGGAUUUUUAUUAGCAGUUCAGAACUGCUAACGUAUGCAAGGAGGGAGCGCUCCGAUUGCAGAUCAACUUCUUUGCUGUCUAGUAUUAUCACACAAUCAUCAGCUGCUUCUCCUGUACUUGAUUCUUCAUCGGGAGUUAACAGCAAAACUUCUCGUUUUAGUAGCUCUGAUCGGAGACAAAAGAAACCAUCCGGUGUUAAGGAUGCAAGCAACUCACCAAAAUGUAACUCUCCAGUUCCGAAUAGUGCCCUGAAAACACCAUCUAAAGCGGUAAACAAAUUGUCACCUACUUUCAGUCCUCUAAAUCCAUCAAAAGCUUCAAAGAGGAGCUUGUUGAAACCCUCUGUUGCCAAAGAGCUGCUGGAGUUAGAUCCUGAAAAUGCUCUACCAAGUCGAUACCGAAAGGAUUCUAGAAGAAAAGAUAUGACCAGUUGCAGUAUUAUUUUCAGCCAUCAUUUGGAUGAGGAUGUGAUCAAGCGUCAGAAGAAGAUCUUGGCACGCUUAGGAGCCCAUGAAGCACCUUCCGUUGAAGAUGCAACACAUUUUGUGGCGGAUGGUUUUUACCGCACAAAGAAUAUGCUUGAGGCAGUUACACGUGGCAAACUGGUAGUGACAUCAAUGUGGCUUGAAAGUUGUGGAGCAGCAGGCUGUUUUGUAAACGAUAAGAAGUAUGUUCUGAGGGAUGCCAAAAAGGAAAAGGAGAUGGGUUUCAGCAUGCCUAUAUCACUGGCCUCAGCUUGCAAGAGUCCUCUGCUGUUGGGGAAAAGAGUGUUUGUGACACAAAAUGUGAAGCCAAGUCGAGAGGUGGUGACUAGCUUGGUUUCCGCAUCUUCUGGGCAGCCAUUGGAGAGGAUGGGUAGGUCCAUAAGGAAGGAAAAGGAAGCACCAGAUGACCUACUGGCCAUCUCAUGUGAAGAGGACUACGAAACAUGCGCUCCACUCGUCGAGAAAGGUGUUGAUGUUUUCGAUGCGGAGCUUCUGCUCAACGGUAUAGUCACCCAGAAGCUCGAUUACGAGAGGCACCGACUUUUCUUGGACCGUGUGAAGCAGACCCGCUCGACGAGGUGGCUGAAAGACGGUGCCCACGGGCGGUUUGUGCCCGUAUCGAAGAGUUGAUACCAUAGCAGUGUAAAUGUAUGGUGUGCUACAGCCGAUGCCUGUUUUAUGCCCAUCCUCGAGUUCUAGCUCGGUUGUGAUUAAAAUCUGUAAGUUGUAGGGUGUUUAUAUGUGUCUCGGUUGCUUUAAACCUUUGUUUGCAUGCAUGUUGGUCACGCUUCUCAUGAGUUAUGUUAGCCAGUUUCUAAUGGCUGCCUUGA